CCAUUCGAUGAACAGUUCUGCCAGUUAUUCGUUUCGAAUCCGAGUAUAAACAAUGAACCGCCCGGAGCUGGACUACUAUGCAGUGCUGGACCAGGCCAGAGGCUCCACCAAGGAACAGAUUACUCUGGCCUACCGUCGCCUGGCCAUUCGCCUUUGCCCACAUCGCGACAAGAAGGACGAGCAGGACUUUGUGCCGCUGGCCCAGGAGGGACGUCUCACGCAUCUCUCACCCAUGGGCGAGCCCAGGCAGUGGGCCUACAUCAACAUGGCCUUCGAUGUGCUGGGCAACGAUCUCUACCGUGCCAUAUACGAUCGCUAUGGCGAGGCUGGUCUGUUCGAAGGAGUCAUGCUGCCGAACGGAUACUUUCCGCCUUAUCAGUACGAUGGCGACCACAUGAAGGUCUACGAGAGGGUCUUCGGCAGCUACUCGCCGUAUGCCAACGUGAUCGAUGCCAUCUCCAACCCGCCGAGUUUGUACGCCACGCGGCAGCAUGGCAUUGGCGUGCGUUCCAAGGACGCCAGCACGGAGAGGGUUAUCGAGCUGUCUCUGGAGGAAGUGCGCACUGGCUGCGUCAAGCUGAUGAACGUGUGGCGGCAGGAGAUUGUGGACGCCAAGGAAUCGCGGCUUGAGAAGCGGAAACACACCUUAAAGCUGAACAUUGCCCCGGGCACCACUGCCGGUACUCGCUUCUGCUUCAAGGAGGAGGGCGAUCGCUAUCCGGCCACCAUUCCGGGUGAUAUUAUUUUCAUUGCCGCCGACAAGCCGCAUCCAGACUUUGAAAGGAGGAACCAGCAUGACCUAGUCUACAAGCAUUCUAUUGACCUCUGCCAGGCCUUCACCGGCUUCACGUUCUUCAUUUGCACGCUGGACCGGCGUCAGUUAAAGGUGGUCAUUACGGACGUAGUGCAGCCGGGAUACACCAAAGUGGUUCCCCUCGAGGGACUGCCCAAGUGCCGCAAUUUGAAUGCAGUUACGGCUAUCAAGGAGGCCAACAAGAAGGUGGAGCAGUACGGGGAUCUCAUAAUAGAAUUUAAUUAUAUUUUUCCAAAGUACUUGACGUCGCAUAUGAAGCAUAUCACUCGCCAAUUUUUCCGCGAAUUCCGCAAGCUCGAAAUCGAACUGGAGGAGGAGGAGGAACGUAACAUGGUUUGAUGGCAGAUACUUUGUUUUUCCGUAUAUGGAACACAGAACAUUGUACGCACAGCGGAAAUAAAUUCAAAUUUUGUGUUUUAAAGGAUGAGAAUAAUACCCAUAUUAUAUAAAAGCAUUAUUUUAGGCCUUUUCUU